UCAACAUGGGAGACCAUGUGGGUUUGGUGUUUAUGCCAGGGGAUCAGUUAACGAAUUUAAAGUAUUCAGAGACAUCCGGCAAGUGUAAUCUUGGUCCAGGAUUAAGAUUAGACGAAGAAAAUGUUUACGUCACGAAACCUGGAAUUCUCAGAUACAGGGAACCACAUUUGUACUGGAUAGACUGCCAUCAGAAGAGGUAUGUUGCAGUGAAGGGAGACUCAGUCCUGGGUGUGGUGACGGCCAAAGCUGGAGACAUCUUCCGUGUUGACAUUGGCAGCAGUGAGCUUGCUUCUCUGUCAUACCUCUCAUUUGAAUUGGCAACCAAGAGAAACAGACCAGAUGUUAAGGUGGGUGACAUUGUCUACUGCCGUCUGCUGGUAGCAAACAAGGAUAUGGAGCCAGAGGUGGUCUGUAUCGACAGCCAUGGGCGCAGCAGUGGUAUGGGCGUCAUCCGCAACGAGGGCUUCAUGUUUACAUGUUCUCUCAACUUAGUCAGAAAGGUUCUCAAUCCACAAUGUGCUCUCUCAAAGAUCCUAGGCAAACACCUGCCUUAUGAAAUGACUGUUGGCAUGAACGGCCGUAUCUGGGUUCGAGGACGUUCCACCAAUCAAACAAUAGCCAUCUCUAAUGCAAUAUCAGUGGCGGAACACAUGACAGACCCACAGAUAAAAGCAAUGGUGAAAAGACUGGCUGAUGCCAUAGCUGGAAUUUAACUACAGUUUCCACUAUCUUGUAUUUCUGAUUGUGUCGGGAGCGGUGGGGUAGCCUAGUGGUUAAAGCGUUGGCUCGUCACGCUGAAACUGGGUUUGAUUCCCUACAUGGGUACAAUGUUUGAAGCCCAUUUCUGGUGUCCCCCUCCGUUAUUUUGCUGGAAUAUUGCUAAAAGCGACUCACUCUGAUUGUGUCACAAAGUGUCAAGUGCUAUGAUGGUUUCAUUGUGACGUGCUGUCAUAAGUAAAGAAGAUACAUUGUGACACUGGUUGUCAUGGAGACUGCAUGACGUGUUCAGGUUCUAUUCAAGAACUGAACAAAAUGUCAUGGAACUGCUCUGGUGAAGGGCAUGCCUGUGACAGUGUCAUAUUAAUUAU